CGCCAGAGCCUUCCAGACGCGACCCCCUUCUCUCCGGUCUCCCCCUCCGUUUUCUGUUUCUAGAAUAGAAUGGUGUGCUCUGCGUCUCCGCCUCUGUGUCGCGUCCUCUCUCUGUAGGAUGAGCGAAAAGGGCGGAGGGACCGUCGUCAACCUCCACUGCCCUUCCUCCAGCAAGCCUUCUGUGCUCAGGUUCGUGGCGUUGGAGGGGAGCAGGCUGGACGUGGGCACUAUCGCUCGCUGCUUUGGCCUCGACCCUUCCAGCGUUAGGUUCAACGGCUACUACGUCAGCAGGGGGACAGACUUCAUCUCCUCCCUCACCUGGACCUCUCUCCUCUCCUUCUUCUCUGCCAGAGGUUUCCCCACUGGCAAGGAAACCCACGAUCCCCUCGUUGUCGAAGGCAAACCCUCUAAAGAGGCACCACCUUUUGAUGAACGAAGUACUUUCGUCCAAUGCGAAUCAAAGGAGAUUGAUCCACCAGCCAAGAGGAAGACAUGGUUUGAAGAUCUGGCAAAUGUUGACCUGCUCAAGAAAAGAAGGACGAAAGAUCGUGACCCAGAAUUAACUAAUCCAAGGGUUGGCCUGACAACGUUCCCAAGUUCGACUGGCCGCUCACUUGGUUGUGCUGUUGCUGGAAAUGUGAAGCGCUUGAGAGAGGAAGACAUGGUCUUGGCAGCAGCUUAUAAAAGAAUCAGAUGAUGUUUUGCAUUGUGUGAUUUCUCCUGAGGCAGGCGUUCUUCUGCAGCAUGAGUUGUGGGUCAUCACUCAUCAGGAUGUUCUAUGGGGAAAUUGAGCCAAGCGAUGUGGAAUCCAGACGAUUGAUCAGCAGAGAUACAUGAUUUUUUUUUUUUUCAUUUGUAUAAUUUUCUUCCAAUGCCUCCCUUCUGAUAUGGAGAGAAGGCUCACCCUUUGAAAAGGGAUGUAUUUACUGCUUAGAGUGGUGCAGAGUAGUAUAUCUAGAAAUUGUCGUGCUGUAGACAUCUUGUGGUGUCCUCUUAGACCUUCCCCUUGUAACCCUGUGGUCUUCUCGCCCCUGUAACUCUGUCAUGUUGUGGCUUGAGCAGCGCCCCAAGGUCUUGUUUGUCUGUA